AUGAAACAUUCAUUAUCUUUGCUUCUUUUUGCAUGCUAUCAUCUUUUCACAACACCACUUGUUCAUGGGGAGAAUGAAGGGGAACGUCUUCUUUCAAUGGUGAGGUCCAAAGCAGAUUGGAGCAACAAAAUUUACGAUGUCCGAUUGCAUGUUGAUUCGACGAGAGAAUUGACGGAAGACAACAUCGAUACGGUGUAUUUCAAUAAGCAAGAUGGUCUGAAAGAGGCUGAUAAAAUUGCCAGGUUGCCUGGGCAGCCUAAUGGUGUAGACUUUGAACAGUAUGCUGGUUAUGUGAUGGUUGAUCCUCAGGCCGGGCGGGCUUUGUUCUAUUACUUCGCCGAGGCUCCUAAGAAGCCCUCCGGCGAUAUCAAUAAGCCAUUAGUCUUGUGGCUUAAUGGAGGGCCUGGAUGUUCUUCUAUAGGAAGUGGAGCCAUGUCUGAACUUGGACCAUUCUAUGUCAAGAGUGAUGGCAAAACAUUGUACAGAAACGCUUAUGCAUGGAACAAUUUUGCAAAUAUACUGUUUCUUGAAUCCCCGGCUGGAGUUGGGUUCUCGUAUUCGAAUACAACGGCGGAUUAUAGCAACACUGGGGAUGAAAGAACAGCUAGAGAUUCUUAUACCUUCUUGAUUAAUUGGUUAGAAAGGUUUCCUCAAUAUAAGACUAGUGAUUUCUUCAUUGCCGGAGAGAGUUAUGCCGGACAUUAUAUUCCACAACUCGCCAAUCUUAUUCUCAAGAACAAUAAUAAGUACAAAGACCAUACUGCAAUCAACCUCAAAGGAAUUCUUAUUGGAAAUGCGUUUAUUGAUCGCGCUCAUAAUGAGGAAGGAAUGUUUGAUUAUGUUUAUAGACGAUACAUAAUCACCAAAAAAUCAUACGAUCAAAUUAAAUCUACAUGCAAAUUUGCAGAAAAAGAAUACUCAGCUGAAUGCAGGGAGGCCUUGUCUGUGGCUGGUGAGGAAAAGGGGAGGCUUAAUAUGUACAACAUUUAUGGUCCUACUUGCAAUAUUAAAUCUAAGGAUUCCUUACAAAGUAGUAUGGUAAGUAACUAAUUUUUUUCUGGAGCUGAUCCUUGUUCAGGUUACUAUGUUGAUUCCUAUAUGAACUUGCCCGAGGUCCAGACGGCUCUUCAUGCAAGAACUAUAAAGUUGAGCCAUCAAUGGACUGAGUGCAGCGAUUUGGUUGGAGCAAUGAACUGGAAGGACGCGCCCGACUCCGUCCUGCCGGAGAUCAAACAAGUCAUUGAAAACAAUAUAAGAGUUUGGUUGUUGAGUGGAGAUUUUGAUGCUGUUGUUCCACUUACUUCAACACAACUCUCACUGAAAACUCUUGGACUUCCACUUGAGACAAAAUGGAGCCCAUGGCAUCUCAACAAACAGCUUGGUGGAUACUUCAUGGUUUAUAAAGGGCUAACGUUUGCAACAGUAAGAGGAGCAGGGCAUAUGAUUCCUGCUGAUCAGCCUGAAAGAGCCUUGGAAAUGUUCAAAGUUUUCCUUGAAGGAACACAUCCUCCUGAUUCAUUUAGAGAAUCCACUCUGUCUAUAUGUGUCAUUACAACAACAAUUCAAUGCCCAUUUGAUCUUUUCCUUAUCACCAUGAAAGCUUCACUGCCUUUGCUCCUCUUUGCAUACUAUUAUUUCUUCAUUGUUUCAGUCCAUAGUGAAAACCAAGCAGAAAGGCUUCUUUCAUUGUUGAAGUUGAAGGCCACUCAUAGAAUCAAAUGGAAGGAAAGUACUAUGAAUGUUCGGCAGGAUGACGACAAUGAUACGGUGUAUUUGAGUAGGCAAAAUGGGUUGAAAAAUGUUGAUAAGAUUACCAGGUUGCCUGGGCAGCCUAAUCCUGUGAACUUCGAUCAGUAUGCUGGAUAUGUGACUGUUAAUCCCAGGAAUGAGAGGGCUUUGUUCUAUUAUUUUGUUGAGGCUUCGAAAAACUCUUCUAGCUCGAAGAAUAAGCCAUUGGUUUUGUGGCUUAAUGGAGGGCCGGGAUGUUCUUCUUUAGGGACUGGAGCAAUGUCUGAACUUGGACCAUUCUUUGUUAAGCGUGACAGCAAAACAUUAUACGAAAAUGCUCAUGCUUGGAACAAAAUUGCAAAUAUACUAUUUCUCGAAUCCCCUGCCGGAGUCGGGUUCUCGUAUUCAAAUAUGACAACUGAUUAUGCCAAAAGCGGGGAUCGAAGAACGGCUAGAGAUUCUUAUACUUUCUUGAUUAAUUGGUUGGAGAGGUUUCCCGAGUAUAAAAACAGAAAUUUUUUCAUCACCGGAGAGAGUUAUGCCGGACAUUAUAUUCCACAACUAGCAAAUCUUAUUCUUAAGAACAACAGAAACAAAAGUCACACUACAAUCAAACUCAAAGGCAUUGCUAUUGGCAAUGCGUAUAUUGAGACUAGGAAUAAUGUGAAAGGAAUAUAUGAAUAUUACUGGUGCCGAUCUUUAAUAUCGAAUGAAACAUACAAUCGAAUAAAAUCUACAUGCAAUUUCGACGUUAAUGAGGACUCUAAUGAUUGUGAAAAGGAGAUGAAAUUGGCUGACGAUGAGCAUGGUAUCAUUGAUUAUUACAAUAUUUAUGCACCUGUUUGCUCUGAUUCAGAUUCCAGAAAUUUUAUGCGUAAUGGCUUGGUAACUGACCCUUGUUCGGCAAACUAUAUCAAAUCUUAUCUCAACUUGCCUGAGGUGCAAAAGGCUCUUCAUGCGAACAAUACGAAGUUGAGUUAUCGAUGGGUGGGUUGCAGUGAUAUCAUCUGGAGUAACUGGAAUGACUCUCCGGAAUCCAUCCUGCCAGAUAUUAAAAAAGCCAUUGUUUGGUUGGGGGAGGGAGGAGGGUGAGGAGGUGUUGGGGGUGUGGGUAUUGUUUG